AUGGGGCACAGUAAAAUUAACAAUAAGAAUAAGAACACGCUUGUCGAAGAAAUACGUACUGAUAAUAAGGUUUUGAAUCAGGAGGUGAAGGUAAAUCUGAACAGCGAAACAGAUGAGGAUCUGUCAGACAGUGGUGGAAACAGAAAUGAAGCAGAGGUCAAAGAUGUGCUUAAUAGGUUAUUUGCGGCCGAAAAACCACCCACGUCGCAACCUACAGUGCUACCGGUGACCUAUGCCGCUGCUCUGGCUUCUCCUACCACUUUGCAACGUCGCCCGGUCACCACAAACGACGCCACCAACGAGCCCGACCAGACACCGACGGAGAGCGCCUCGGACGACCCGCCGCCUCGGCCGGCCAUUGACGCCGCUCCGAAGAUGCCGACGCAACCGGACGCUGACCCUGAUCUCGGAAAGACGAUGGAGAUCGACUCGCUCAUCGUUCCUACAGCGGCCUUUCUGCCAGAACGACUUGACUCCCUUCCGUCGUCGGACACGGAGGGUCGCACAAGGAAACAACGCUCCCCGAAACGUCGCAAGCGAAGACGUCGCACCGUUUCCGGCCAAGAGGAAACGUUACAAGUCGAGGAGGACGUACCCGUCGACCAGCCCGAAGCCUCAGAACCCGCUACUGCUGACGAAGACGUCAUGAGCGCGGAGACAUCUAUCGGUGUGCCUGCGCCCUGUGCUGACGCUGAACUAAAUCAUGAACGUCUCACAGGCGACACGACACCACGCACAAUUACAACAUCUUCUGAAGACAAAAUGGACGAUACACCAGUUUCCGCUUCCACGGCGUGGCACGAGGAGGAGGUCACGGAGCAGGAGCCGUUACGGGACCCUGCGCCGUCACGGCCGCACCACUAA